UCCGCGCGCCACGCUCAGAGCUCACGCACCACUCGCGCCACCGCCGCUCCGCCGCAUCGGCCGCGCACGCAAACACUCGAGUUUACAAACAAAUAUUAUUAUGCCGGCGUAAAACAAAUCAGCAACAAUGUCGUUCUGCAGAAUCACAGGCCGCAGCAGGGGGCUGCCCAAACCCAACUAUUUUCCGCUUCUUCUGCCCAUCUCGCCGGCGGACGCCAAGCGUUGCUGCAGGAUCACCGGCAAAUCCUACGGACUCCCGUCUCACCACUACAUUCCAGUGCUACUCACCUCCCGCUCGGGAAAGACCAAAUGCAAAAUUACUAACGUAUCCGGUGAACUCGGCCCGCACCACUAUGCGCCCGAAAUUAACUACGGUAAUAGAAAGCACGAAAUGCUACCGGACUACAGAUACAUUUUCCCCGUUUUAGACGGCUCUACCGAGGCUCAGAAAGUGUUAAUGGAAAUGCUGAUAGGAAAACAAGUGACCGAAGACAAGCGAUAUGUGUACACGGUUCAAGAGAGACGGUGCAGUUUAGUUUUCUCGGCUCAAAUGGAAGCGGCCGUCCGCGAUGGUGAUGUGCGCGACGUCAUGCUGGCGAAGGAUUCGGACACAGUGCUAAUCAAAAUGAAACAAGGCCGCAGUGUAUCGAUGGACUUCAAAGAUUUUACUGAAGACGUAGAAAUGUACGAAGGAGAGGGACCAAACGCAGAAGUUUUAAAACAAAGAGAACUAGAAGAAUUGGAAGAAAAGAAAAAGAAGAGAAAACGAGCAGGUCUCUCAUCGAUGAAAAAGAUAUUUGAAAACAAAGAAAAGUUGGCUGAGGUGCAGGAGUUGGAAGAGGAAAGACAUCGUCAAGAUCGAAUGGCUAAGAAAGCAAAAUUAGAGGAAUACAAACACGAAAAACACGACGUCAAAACUUUCACUUCAACGAAUUAUGAUGUUAAUCAUAUGCGUUCAAAGUCUAGUAUUAUUAUGUGCAGUGGUGAAUGGCGAGAUCAGUUGCAUCCUAUUAUUGAAUCUUGGGAUUGGGACGUGUUUGAAAAAGAAAUGCAUCAACAUGAUGAACAUUUAGUUCCGAAGGCUAGUAAAUUACCUAUACCGGUGAAGUUAACACCUCAUCAUUGUGAUGCUGAAAUUUAUGAAACUGACCGAAAUAUCAGUGAUAUUUCGAUGUCUUUAGAAAAUGUUCCUUGUGUGAACCCACUGAAACCAGUCAAGACACGGCCUGAUGAAACAGUAUUAACUGCUGUGAAACAACUGUCAGAAGAACGUUUGACUGAAACAUCAGACGUCACAGAAAAGUUAGUUGUAGAAAAUAAAAUUGGCAUGCUCCCUAUUUUAGAGCACUUGCCAGAUCUAGUUAAAAAUAUAAAGAAGGGUAAAAGAGAAAAAAUUGCUAAAAUAUCAGGCCUGACAUUAGACAUAAACAAGGCGAAAAAAUUCAUCCCCGGUCAACAUGUCAACACACCUCAAGGACCUGUCUUUGUGCCUGGCCAAACUGUGGAAACUCCUUCAGGUCCUGUGUUCGUACCAGGAUUGACUGUAAAUACACCUGCAGGUCCUGCAGUUAUUCCUGGACAUAUUGUCACCAACGAGUACACAAAUGAACCCUUCUUCCUUGCGGGACAAGUGAUGGAAACGACAAAUGGAGAAGAAUUUGUAUGUGGACAAACAAUCAAAAAUAAAGAUGACACGUAUCGGUUUGUUGAAGGUCAAACAGUGCUAUCACAGGAAGGACUUAAGUUUGUCCCUGGAAAAAUAAUAAACAACGGCCCAGAAGAUGUGUUCGUGCCAGGUCAGACUAUUUUGACUCCAGAAGGAGUCCAAUUUGUGCCUGGUCAAACAAUAACAGAAAGCAACGGUAAUAUAUUCACGCCCGGACAAAAUGCCAAAAUAAACAAUGAAUGGCAAUUUAUACCCGGACAGGUAGUUCAUCAAGAUAAUGAGUUACACUUUGUUCCCGGUGCAACCAUUGCAACUCCUAAUGGCCUCAAGUUCGUUCCAGGGCAAACGGUAGCCAUUGAUGGUGAAACGUGCUUUGUACCUGGCAUAACAAAAACUACGAGUGGCGACAAACUAGAGUUCGUUCCUGGCACAACAGUGGAAACAAUAGAUGGACCGAAGUUCAUUGAAGGACAAAUAGUCCAUACUGAGUUAGGAGAAAAGUUUAUGCCUGGAAAAACUUUUGUUCAAUCUAAUGGACACGUUGAAUUUUCGGUAGCAAAAACAAUGGAAGAUAUUACUUUCUCUGAAGGUGCUCCUGUGGGCCUUCCUAUCGACAUCAAAACAAGCUCAUUAUCUGAAGAAUCUUUGUAUGUCUUUGGACAUAUGAUUCAAACAGCUAAAGGUAUUGAGUUUUACCCUGGUCCAAGAAUACCUAAAAUUGAAGGAAAAGUUGUGCCUGGAAGAUUGGUUAAAAAUGAAGCGAAUGAGUCUCGCUUUGUUCCUGGAAUGAUGGUCGAAGGCAUUUUUGUGCCGGGACAAAUUGUGUUCACAGAAAACGGUGAACAAUUUGUUCCAGGCCAGGUAGUAGAUACUGCAGAUGGACCUAAGUUCGUCCCAGGUCAAGUAGUAAAUACUAAAACAGGCCCUAAAUUCGUUCCCGGUCAAACAAUACAUACUAUCGACGGGCCGCGAUUUGUUCCGGGACAAAUUAUUGAAACAAAGGCUGGACCAACAUUCAUCCCUGGACAAGUUAUUUCUACUGAAGAUGAAGGCUCUAGAUUCGUACCUGGUCAAGUAGUUGAUACUGAAGAAGGUCCAAGAUUUGUGCCUGGACGAGUUAUUGAAACAGACGAUCAUGGGGUGACAUUUGUGCCUGGACAGAUAGUUCAAACGCCAGAGGGCUUGAAAUUCGUUGCCCCUGACCUUACUGAAGGUGAAGAAGGCCUUGAAUUUUCAGUUCAAAGCUUUGUCGUCACUCCAGAGGAACUCAAGCUCUUAAAAGUGAAAACGAACCCAAAUGACACUACAUCGACAAAAGGAGAGCUAACUAUCGAUACAAACAUGUUAAGACAGCUUUCAGAAGCUGGUAUGUCUAUUGGAAGGCAAGUCCCAGCUGAGUUACCUGCUAUUAACGUCGUUUUGAAUGAAACAAGGAAUGCAGAAGCUUUAAAAGCAUUUGUGACCGAUUUUGGACUGAAAGAUGAUGUUGCCAAUCAAUUAAUGCAAGUUAUCACUUCGAUCAUAGAAAUGAGUGCUCACUUGAAAUCCGAAAUUCGUGAUAAUAAUUCUGAAAAUGAAUCGAUCAAUGACAAGAAAAAGCGAAGAUCAGACAAAAAAAGACUAGGGAUUCAACAACACAAUGGACCGACUGAAGAAAAUGGGCAAACAGCUCAGCAGGAACAUGUUAAAAACUCAAUUGCUGCUGCUGUGUUGGCUGCUUUAGUAACGGCUGAGCAGUUUGAAGAAGUCAACAAUAAUAACAGUAAAGAAAAAUAUCAGCUUAUACUCAAAUCUAUUAAUACUAUAUUAGGAAAUACAAUUGACGAAGAUUUUGUGGCAUCUAUGUUCCAAAUUCUGCAGACGAACGAAGACAAAGAAAUACUCUGUGAAGAAAUACUUGACAACACAACACAACCUAAAGUAGAAUUAAUCAAAAUUGCGGUAAAUAACGGUUUGCAUAAACAUUCCUUUACCGAAGAAGACAUCAUAGAAAAGUUCGGAGAUUUUUUGAGUUCUGAAAAUGAGGUAUUAGGUCCUGCUUUCAAAAAUAUUUCUAAAAAUGACGCGAGUGUCCUGCAUCACGUUUUGGCUCAUAUUUCAGACUCAAUCUCAUUUGUGAAAACAGACCAUGAAGCAACUGAAACAUUGCAGAAAGCUAUUGUAUCUGCCGUGCAAGAAGCUAGCAGCAAAGAGUUAGAUAUAAUGCUACAAGAUCCCAAUCAAGAAAAUCUGAAAGAACUGAUUGUUCAAUCAGUGGGACUCGCUAAGAUACUGGGCAUGAGGGAUGUCGCUAUGAACUUACUUUCUGUCGUUAAUAAUGAAGAAAGCUUGGCACAAAUCGCUAAUGAUGCGACGAGUCUUAAUAUUUUGAAAAGAUUGACAGUUAUGAGAAAAUUGGCUGAUCAAACGCCGAGUCUCAAUUCUGCCCUUAAAAAAUUAGAGACAAACCCAGAACUGGCUCGCACCGAUCCUAAUCUCAGGGAUUUAGUGCGAGAAAGUGCGGCUCUUAUGAUCGUUCCCGAGGAACCACCCCUCAUGACUUCAGCCGACGUUCCACUGAGUUUACUUGAUCCCGAAAACAGUUUGGCGAUGGAAGACUUCCUAUUCCAGCGGAAAAAGCACCCUGGAGCUCUUUUGAUUAUGAAAAAAGGCUUGCAAGCGGUCGUGCCCCGUGAAGCCAGCCGCGCCGUGUUGACCGGUCAAGUUGCAUACACAGUUCUUGACGAAAGCGGAAUCAGACAUUUUGAGCCGAUGCACGUAUUCUCAGCUCUUAACCUUAGUCAGCCGACAGCCCAUAGAUUUUCAAUGUACAGCUGUCCUGUGGUAGACAAUGACGACGAAGACUUGCAAACGUUUACUGGCUACUGCAAUAUUAGCAACAAUCAGAGGAUCACCAAGUUCGGUGGUUGGUCUCGAAGAUACAGCGGAGUUUUGUUAGACAGAGAAAAUACCAGAAGUCGAAUGAGCAGUUUAGAAAACACGCCAAGCUAUAAAAGAUAUCCGUCCCGAUCUUUAUCUAGAUCUCGUUCUAGUUGUAGCAGAAGUCCUCCUAAGGUAGAAGACGUAGUCGUUGCGACGACUGACUACACCGCCGCGGCGGAUGACGAGGUGUCGCUCAGGGCCGGCGAUAUCGUAGAAGUUCUCGACACGAAAACCGCACUCGGAUCCAAGAGGCCCCGGCUGGACCUGGACCCGGCCCUGGACCUAGGAGACGCUCAACUCCUGGACACGUCGGCCGCCAAGCACAAGAUAGCAGUGCGCCCCAAGAAGAACCACCCCAAGACCAGGGCCAACGGAGUCAAGGCGGCAGCCGACAGAUGGCUGGUGCGCGUGGUGGAAGACGUGGCGGACGGCGAGCUGCGCACGCGGCAGGGCUGGGUGCCGGCGCGGGUGCUGCAGGAGGCCAGCACGCCCGAGCAGGACAAGACCGCCUUGGCUGCGAGGAGGCAAGCCGUGGUCCGCGAGCUGAUCGAGACGGAGGAGGAGUUCGGGCGCGACAUGCUGCAGGUGGUGUCCCGCUACAUGAAGCCCAUGGACAAGGCCACCACUCCUAAAGCAGUGUUUGACAACAGGGAGCUGCUGUUCUCCAACUUCAAGCAGAUCUGCGAGUUUCAUAACACCGCAUUGCUGGAGGGCAUCAAGUACUACGCCGCGGAGCCACGAAUGCUAGGGCGAGCGCUCCUGCGCAUGGAGCGCGAGUUCGACAAGCACGUGGCCUACUGCCGCGACGAGCCGCGCGCGAGACACCUGCUGCACACCGACCCUGCUGUCGCUGCCUACUUCCAGGGCUUGGCGGAGAACCUCGGCGACGACAAAGGCAUCACCGAGCACCUGAAGCUUCCCAUUCAGAGGAUCAACGACUACCAGCUUCUUCUUAAGGAACUGGUGAAGUACUCAAAACGUCUCGGCGAAGACUGUACAGACCUCCAGAAGGCGCUAGACCUCUUCUUGUCUGUGCCCAACCGAGCCACAGACAAUAAGUUCAUCGCGAGCAUCGAAGGCUACCGGGGGAACAUCUACAAGCUAGGCCGGCUGCUCACGCACGACUGGUUCACCGUCUCCGACGCUGAAGACAAGCCCAAGGAGAGAUACUGCUUCUUGUUUAAGGCGAGGAUCUUGAUCUGCAAGGUCAAGAGAGUCGCUGACGAUCGGUCGGUGUUCGUUUUAAAGGAUAUCGUUAAGCUCCCGGAGGUCGAGGCCAAGGAUCGGCCCGGUGACCCUUUGAGGUUCGACUUGGUGCAGAGGAACCCUCCGCUGACCGUCACCCUCGCUGCCCAUAAGGAGCACGUCAAGACCAACUGGCUGAAGGAAAUCCAACUCAACGCCAGUGACGUCGUUGCUCUAGCGGAACACGCAGCGGACGACCUCCAAGUCCUCUCUCCACCAAACGUCGCUUCCCCUGAACCCCCAGAAGACAAGAAGAAGAAAAGAGAACACACCGAAGCGGAAGCGGGACAAGAGAUCCAAGAGAAACGGUCUCGAGUCGAAGAGGUCCAAGUCGCUCAGGUCGCCAGCAAGGAGGAGACCACACAAUCUACCACCAAAAGAAAAGCUUCCAUCGAAACUGAGGUCGCGACUAAGAUAUCAAAAUCUGAAGUAACCGAAGUUUCCUCCGUCAGUGAAACACAGUCUGCCAAAGUCAGUAGCGUCAGUUCUACUGUACAAUCAUCGUCAGUAGUAGUUGAGAGUUCCAACCUUGUUGAGAGCUCGCAAUCAGCUACAACACAAGAAACUGUCAAAGCAGCUACUGUCAAAGAAGUUAAGUCUACUACAGAACAAGACAAAGCAAUUCAAAAAACUUCAGUGUCCAGUGCAGAAAAAUCUGCUACAGUCGAACAAACUUCGAAGACAACUGAAGUUCAAGAAUCUGCCAAACAAGCUACCGUUGAACAGAAGUCGAGUGCUACAGCCGUAAAAUCAGUUUCAAGUAGCAAGGAAUCUGUGUCUAGUGCAGAGAAAUCUGCUACAGUCGAGCAAACAUCAAAGGCUACUGAAAAAGUUCAGGAAUCUGUCACGCAAGCUACCGUUGAACAGAAAUCAAGUGCAACAGCCGUAUCAUCUUCAACUGUAAGUAGCCAAGAAACUCAACAAAAGUCUUCAGUUGCACAAUCCAUCGCUGAAUCGGUGCAACAGACAACCGCAUCUCAAGUUGCUCAAUCUUCUGUAGUUGAGCAAAAAGUAGAAAAUACUGCUCAGAAGGUAGAAGCAAGUGGUCAGUCUUCUAAAACUCAAGAAACUGUCCAGUCUCAAGUGACUGAGUCGGUCGAUAAGAAGUCUGUAAGUGCGCAAGAAUCUUCUGCGGUAGAGAGUUCGGUGAAGAGCAGUGUAGAAGUCAGCUCCACUGGAGCUGAGUCUGCAGAGAAAGUCUCCGCAAGCGGUCAAACUGUAACCACAGAGCAGACCGGGGACGACGAAAUGUCGAGAUAUAGUCGCAGUUCGCGGCUCUCUGGAGAAUACUCCAGUAGUAGUCGAAAGUUAUCCAACUACGAAUCGUCAUCAUCCGCCUACGAGAGUACGGGCGUGUCCUCGUACUCUCGGCGCGAGAGUGGUUCCCGCAUCGAAAGCGGCAAGUACGAGACCGGGGGCUCCGUUGAGGGCAGUGCCCUCUCGCGCAUCGAGUCCAAGUAUUCCAAGACCGAGGGCAGCUCGGACUCCUACGACACCGCAAGCAAACUCGAUAGCAUCGCUUCGAAAUACGGCAUCGAAUCCAGCUACGAAGCGUCUAGCAAAAUUGAUAGCAUCGCAUCCAAAUACGGUAGAGACAGCAACGGAAAUGGUGCCAGGAUUGAAGGUCGCACCAGCAAAUACAGCCUAGAAACUACUCUCGAUGGCGACAAGGUCGAGGGAGUGUCGUCAUCGUCCGAGUCUAGAUACCAGAGCAUCAAAAACGGUGGAGUCUCCUCGGAGACUUCAUACUCUAAGACUGCCAUCGCCAACGGCUCAGUGAGCACCGGGCAGUACGCAUCUGCGACUUCGAUAUCGAAGUCCGAAUCUCAGGAUGGAAAGCCCAUAUUUUCGAAGACCUUGGAAGGCCAAAACAUCGAACCGGGCGAGAACGCUCACUUCGAAUGCACGCUGCGCGAGUCACUCGACUCCGUCAAGGUGACGUGGCUGAAGGACAACAAGCCGCUCACCGACAAGCUCAUGGACCGCGUGACGAUAUCGUCCAAACAAGACGGCUCGCACAAGCUGGAACUCAAGCACUGCAGGGAGGAUGAUACGGGCCUGUACACGGCGCGCGCUGAAAACGUGAAAGGGAACACCCAUUGCACCGCUCAGUUAGUCGUCCACGAGUUGACUGCAGAAGAGAGGAAAGAGAGAAACGCAUUGAAUGCGCCGUACUUCUUAGUGGCGUUGAAGGAUACUGAGAUAUUGGAGAACACCUACUUGCGUUUCAUGGUCAAGGUCAAGGGCGACCCUAAUCCUGAAGUUAAAUUCUUCCGCGACGGCAAAGAGAUCGUGACCGGCUCGGACACGGACCGCGUGUCAAUCGUGCGCACGCGCGCCGACAAGGGCUGCUACGAACUCGUCAUCGCCGACGUGAGCCCGGCCGACGCCGGCACCUACUCCUGCCGAGCGCUCAACAUCUACGGUGACGUCACUACCGAAGCUAAAGUCACCGUUGUUGAUGACAAGAACAUCUUCUUCGAGCUGCCCCCCGGUGGGGAAGGCUUGCUGGCCAAGGGCGAGAAGCCGACGUUCGCUUGGAAACGCGAUGGCCAGCCCUUCGACCCAGAGGAGAGAUUCAAGGUGCUACUCGGCGACGACGAGGACUCGCUGGCGCUGGUGUUCCAGCACGUGAAGCCGGAGGACGCGGGGCUGUACACGUGCGUGGCCAAGACCAGCACCGGCAACAUCUCCUGCUCCGCCGAGCUCACCGUGCAAGGUGCCAUCAAUGAGCUUCACCGCGAGCCAGAAAAACCAACGCUGGUGAUUGAGCACCGCUCCGCUGUGGUAUCGGCCGGCGCCUCCGCCAUGUUGGAACUGACCUGCAAGGGCUUCCCCAAGCCCUCAGUCGUCUUUAAGCACGAUGGAAAAAUCAUCGAGGCGGACACCAGGCACAAGUUCCUGUACGAAGACGACGAGAGCAUGUCGCUAGUGAUCAAGAACGUGAGCGCGGCUGACGCCGGCACGUACCACGUGACCGCCGCCAACGAGCUGGGAGAAGACUCCACCACCAUGCAGCUCAUCGUCAAGGCCGCGCCCAAAAUCAAGCAGAAGAUCGACAACCAGACCUGCAUGCUCGGCUCCACCCACACAGUCACCAUCGAGAUCGAAGGCCAGCCGGCCCCUGAAGUGUCCUUCUACAAGGACGGCGUGGAGAUCAAGAGCUCGGACCGCGUGAAGAUCGUCAAGGAGUCGGACGAGGUGUACAAGAUCAUCAUCAGCGACGCCAAGCUGACGGAUAGCGGCUCGUAUUCUGUUGUCGCUAAGAACGAAGUGAACCAGUGCUCGGACUUCUGGCAGUGGCACGUGACGUCACCGCCGCGCAUUGUCAAGAAGCUCGGUGAAAGCAAGGUGUGCGAGGAGAAGGAGACUGUGACCUUCAAGCUGGAGACGGAAGCCGAACCCGCGCCUACUGUUAAAUGGUUCAAGAACAAGACGGAACUGACGGAAUCGUCGGCGAUAAAAAUGACGUCAUCCGGCAACGCGCACCAGCUCGUCAUCACCUCUGCUGCUCGAGCCGACGCUGGCGAAUACUCCUGCGAGAUCCGCAACAUCCACGGCACUGCCACGGACGCGUGCCGGCUCAAUGUGCGCAGCGGGCCCGUGUUCACGCAGAAGCUCAGUGACGUCACGGCCAGCGAGGGCAGCGUCAACGUCGAGUUCACCGUGUCUGUAGAAGCCUACCCCGAGCCUAGCGUCAAGUGGUACCUGGGAGAUGUGGAGAUCACUGAGAAGAAGUCAGUCUUCACUCGCGUGGAUAGCGGCAGCUCGCACAAGCUCAUCCUCAAAGAAGUGGCGGCGGAGUACGCCGGCCGCUACAGCUGCCGCGUCAGCAACGAGCUGGGCCAGGACGAGUGCCACGCUACAUUUACUGUCAACAGGAAGCCUCGCUUCACCAAGAGCCUGGUGGACAUGACGGUGGAUGCAGGCAGCACGCUCAAGCUAGAAGUAGAGGUGGAGGGUUGCCCCGAGCCCAAGCUGCGCUGGUACAAGGACGGACGUGACGUCACCACCGACGCGCGCAUCAAGAUCGAGAGGGACUCCAACAGAUUGGAGAACUACCACCUAACCGUGACCCUUGUGAAGGAGGAAGAUGGCGGCGAAUACGAAGUGCGCGCCGAAAACGAGAUGGGAAGCGUCUCUUCCAAGAGCACUGUCACCAUACAUACGAGAGAAGUUCAUUCAUUCACAAAAGAAAACAUUGUCGAAAAUGAAAUCGAGGAAGAUAGCAAAUCGAGUAAAAAACUGGUAGAAGAGAAAGUGGAUAGCGGAGAAAAGAAAAAGGCAGAGAAGGGGAAGACCAAACCAGAAGAGGCCGAGGAGAAGUCAUUCUGGGAUGAUGUAGAGGAAGACGCUCUCAAAAAGACUAAGGUUGAAGAUGUCAAAACACCAGCACCAGUCAAAGCCCAGAAGUCGGUGACAGAACCCGAAACUAUUGAAGAGAAGUCCAUUUGGGAUGACGUAGAUGAUGAUGGUCUUGCCAAGAAACCCAAGGUCGAAGAAGUGGACGCGCCAAAAGGGAACCAAGCCAGAAAAUCUGUGUCUGAACCAGAGGUUGCCGAAGAAAAGUCGAUAUGGGAUGAGAACCACAACGAGCAGAACAAACAACCCAUUAUUGAAGAAGUUGACACCGAACCCCAGGCGGGCAAGAAGACUCGCACGCAAGCCGAAGUUAUCGAGGAAGUACCGAUAGACGAGGACAUCAAGACACCCAAACGUAAAUCGGUUAAAAAACAGUCUGUUACAGAAGAACCUUUAAGUGCUGAAACUGAAGGCCGAGUGUUCGAAACAGUAACCACGUUCAAGACGGGCGACGACGGGUCGAUUGUAAUGUCUAAGGUCAGCAGCUCGCGGGCCCACGGCGCCAUCAUCACAGGUCCAGCCGAAACGCGCACUUUACACAAAAUGACCUCCACUGCCGUUUAUUACGAUGAUGAUGACGAAUUCGAAGGCAGGAGGAUAAUCCAGCCGACCAAACCUCACUCAACUUCCUUAGAGGUGGAAGAGAUAGCCAGCCAUAGUUAUUUCUUAACUGAUAUGGGAUAUUACACAAUACCUGACCACUUGAGGAGAGGAACGUACGGAAUCAUUGAAGAACCACAGACAGAUUCUGAAGCUGACAAUAACUCUAGAUGCGGAAGACAGAGUCAUAACAGAACAAUCUCGAUCAUGUCAAUGUCAGAAGACGAGAUGAGCUGGCAGAGCUCACCACUCUCACGAGAAAUCUCUAUCGAAGACCUUUCUAAAUCUAUUUUCGAUAUCGAUGAUACAAAGAAAGUGUUCAGCAAAGAUUCUUAUGUACGUCAAUCCUCGUUCAAAGAAGACUAUUUCACUGAUGAGGGCGACGAAUCAUUUAUUGUCAGAGAGAAAUCUCAAAAAGUCUACGAGAAUGAUAUCACAGAGCGACUCAUACAUAUCUCGAAGGAAUUUGACGAAAACGAAAUCAAAUCUGUGGAUGAGAAGAUAGAUGAUGUUAAAAAUAGAAUUUAUGAAGAAUUAGUAUUAGGGCCCUUGAAGAAUUUAGAUAAUAUAACGAAAGACGUGACCGAAACGACGGUAGAGAAAAAGAAGAAGCAAGGAUCGAAAUUGUUUAUUGUAGAGGAAGAAGAAGUGGACGACGACUUAGAAGCGCUGUUGAGACGAAGUCAGAGACAAAGGAGCAUUCUUGACGAUAUUCUGUCACACGAAGAAGAAAAAGCACCCCCCACAAUCAAAGACAGCUCCAUGUCGGAUAGCACAGCGUUCGAGUCUUUGCCUCUGACCUACACGGUUGAGGUCAACGGGAAUCCCGCGCCUGCUGUGCGUUGGCUGCACGACGGCAAAGAGGUCAAGCCCAGCAAGAGAGUACAGAUCACAAACGACGGCGGUCUGCAUAAACUGGUCAUAGACAAGGUGGACAUGAAGGACGCCGGGAAAUGGGAGUGUGAAGUGAGCAACGAUCUUGGCAAGAAGGUGCAGCAAGCUCAGCUGAGUGUGCAACCUGCGAGUGACUUCCGCAAGCCAAUCUUCACGAGCCCACUAGAAGCCCAACGCGUGAUGCAACGCGAGCCCGUCACUCUUCGUGCUGUAUGCACGGCUGACCCACUACCGCACGUAUCCUGGUUGCUUGAUGGACGGGAACUGGUCCCCGAUGCGACCUUGGUUGCUGAUGUGCAGUCCACGCCCAUUGAUCACGGCCUGAAUGAGUGCGUCUUCACGCUGAACAUCCCUACUGGUCGUCACGCCGACACGGGCGUGUACACGAUCCGUGCCAAGAACGAGUACGGAGUUGGCGAGAGCUCGGCGCGGCUCGACAUCUUACUGCGGCCUGAGAUCGAGGGGCUGCAUGACGUCACCGCUGCGCCCUACGAGGAGACCACUUUCAUCGCCAACGUGCGCGCCAACCCUAUCGCCGAGGUUCAAUGGAGACCACCUUCAUUGCCAACGUGCGCGCCAACCCCAUUGCUGAGGUUCAAUGGCGAGAGCUCAGCGCGGCUGGACAUCCUGCUGCGGCCCGAGAUAGAGGGGCUGCAUGACGUCACCGCCGCGCCCUACGAGGAGACCACCUUCAUCGCCAACGUGCGCGCCAACCCUAUCGCCGAGGUUCAAUGGAGCAAAGACGGCCUAGUCAUCAAGCCGUCCUCGCGCUUCGAGAUCUCCGAAGACAAAGCAGCCGAGACGCACUCGCUCGCCAUCAAGAAGCUGGGCGUGGACGACGCCGGUGUCUACGCCAUCACCGCCAAGAACGAGCUUGGAGAGACCGCUAUGCAGGCCAAGCUUACCAUUCACACUGGCGAGCCGAUAUUCGUGAAGCCUCUCCAAAAGGAGACUGUGAAAGACUACGAUGACGUCACUCUCAAAGUGCGCUGUGACGGUGUGCCCAAACCCGACGUACUGUGGUACAAGGACGGAGAAGAAAUCGUUAAUGAUGAUCGCCAUACACUUACUACAGAGGUGGAGGGACAGGUCAACAGCGAACUGGCCAUCAAGCACUUCAACGCUUCGGAUGCUGGCAAAUACAAGGUCCGCGCAGUAAGCUUGGCGGGCGAAGCCGUUUGCGAGGCGGAGAUAUCUCUCGCGCGCGCGUCGCCCGGCUUCGUCCACAAGCUGGAGAAGCAGAAGGACGUCGACGAGGGCGAGCCGCUCGAGCUCAAGUGCAAGGUGGACGGCAGCCCCAUUCCUGUUGCUAAGUGGUACAAAGACGGCGUGGAGCUUCCCAAAGACGACAGCCGCGUGAAGCAAACCGCGCUGCCCGACGGCACCAUCAAGCUGAGCAUCGAGCGCGCCGAGCCCGCCGACUGCGGCGCCUACAAGCUGGUCGUCUCCAACCCGCACGGCGACCAGGCGGCGCAGUGCGCGGUCGCCGUCAACCCGACCCCGCGCAAGCCGUCGUUCACGCAGGAGCUGGAAGACGUGAAAGCCGUGGUGGGACAGCCCUUCAAGCUCGAGGCCCGCGUCAUGGCCUUCCCCGCGCCCGAGGUCAAGUGGUUCAAGGAUGGGCUGCCAGUGCGUCCGUCGCAGGCGGUGAACUUCAUCAACCAGCCGGGCGGCGUGGUGGGGCUGAGCGUGGACUGCUGCCGGCCCGAGGACGCCGGCCGCUACGAGCUCACCGUCGCCAACAAGCUGGGAGAGGUCGCAUCGAAGGCAAAGGUGGAGCUGACCCAAAAAGAACGCAAGCCAGCGUUCAUCGCAGAGCUGAUGCCCACCAAGGUCAUCGAGGGCUUCCCCGUCAAGCUCGAGGUCAAGGUCUUGGGCUUACCGCCGCCCACCAUCAAGUGGACCCACAACGGCAAAGAGAUCGUCCCGGACGGCACGCGCGUCCGGGUUGUAUCGCAGCCGGACGGCUCGCACGCGCUGCUCAUCGACAAGGCCACCGCCGCCGACGCCGGCACCUACGGCGUAAUGGCCAUCAACGACAAGGGAGAGACCGGCAGCAGCGCUGAACUCACUGUUGCCAGUCGCACUGACGACUCCAACCCACAAGAGCGCCCGCGCCUCAUCCACGGCCUCCGCGACACCACCGCGGAGGAGGGCCAGCCCUUGCUGCUAUCUGCUCCCUUCGUAGGCAACCCUGUGCCUGAAGUGGCCUGGACUAAAGACGGCCAGCCGCUGAAGCCUAGUGAAAGGGUUCUGCUCACUUGUGAUGGCAAGAGGGUGGGACUAGAGAUCAGCGAGGCAGAACUUCCUGACGCUGGCAAGUACGGCGUGUCGCUGGUCAACCCUCUCGGCGAGGACAACUCUGAAGCGGCGGUCAACGUGCGGAAGGUCUACACGCCGCCCACAUUCUCGCAACGGUUCACCGACCUGCAGCAGCUCCCAAAAUUCGACGCCAAGUUCCCGGCGCGCGUUCUCGGCGUUCCCGCUCCAGAGAUCUCCUGGUACAAGGACGGUGCGCCAUUACGUCACGGGGACAAAUACAAUAUCAAGCGGGACGGCGACGCCUGCUGCCUCUACGUGCGGGACUUGGUUCCAGAAGACGCUGGCACCUACAAGUGUGUGGCCAAGAAUAGAGAGGGUGAAGCCUCGUGCGAGGCGGCCUUGGACGUAGUGGACAAGAUUGCAAGAAAGCAGAAGGUGGAGCCCCCAGCGUUCCUGAAGAAGAUCGGCGACACCGAGGUGUUCCGCGGCAUGAGCGCCAAGUUCACCGCCUGCGCCACUGGCACGCCCGACCCCGACGUCGAAUGGUUCCGCAACGGAGAAAAACUAUUCCCUUGCGAGCGCAUCCGCAUGGACAAAGAGACCACUGGCCUCUUACGCCUGACCAUCAGCGGCGUGGACCCCAGCGACGUCGGCGCCUACACCUGCCGCGCCUACAACCCGCACGGCGAGGCCUCCUGCACCGCGCAGCUGACAUACGACACCCUCGAGCCGACAACGCACAAGCGUCCCAUCGGCGAGCAGUACUCCGACUUUGACAAGAUGAAGCAGACAGGCAUUCCCAUGCCGCUCGCCGACCCGCCAAUCAUCUCCCGGAUGACUGACCGACACCUCACGCUGUCCUGGAAGCCUUCUAUUCCACACGGGCCACGGUUCCCGGUCACAUACCAGGUGGAGAUGUGCGAAGUCCCCGACGGCGACUGGUUCACCGCCCGCUCGGGCCUCCGUUCCUGCGUGUGCGACAUUCGGAACUUAGAACCGUUCCGGGACUACCGCUUCCGGGUCCGCGUGGAGAACCGGCACGGGGUCAGCGACCCGUCGCCGUACGCCGCCACGCACCGCGCGCGACUCGAGCCCGAGCCGCCCAAGUUCGUGCCCUACCUCGCGCCCGGCAUCGACUUCCGGCCAGAAACCUCGCCAUACUUCCCUAAAGACUUCGACAUCGAGCGCCCGCUUCACGACGGCUACGCGCAAGCUCCACGCUUCCUGCGCCAGGAGCACGACGCUCAGUACGGCGUGAAGAACCACAACGCGAGCCUGUUCUGGUUCGUGUACGGGUACCCCAAGCCCAAGAUCACGUACCUGUUCAAUGAUGAGCCCAUCGAGAUCGGAGGACGGUAUGAUUGGAGCUACACUAGGAAUGGACAGGCUACGCUGUUUAUCAACAAAAUGCUCGAGCGCGACGCGGGCUGGUACGAAGCAGUAGCCACCAACGAGCACGGUCAAGCUCGCCAGAGAGUUCGUCUAGAACUUUCGGAGUACCCCACCUUCAUCCGCCGGCCUGAAGAGGCUGUCGUGCUGGAGCGGAAGACCAUCCGCAUAGAAGCGCGCGUCACUGGCGUGCCGUAUCCAGACAUCAAGUGGUACAAGGACUGGCAGCCGCUUGCAGCCAGCACCAGGAUCAAGAUCCAAUUCAUCGAGCCGGACACGACGGUGCUGACGAUCCACGACUGCAUCCUCAAGGACGAGGGGCUGUACUCGGUGUCGGCCCGCAACGUGGCCGGCGCCGUCAGCUCCUCCGCCAUGCUGCACGUCGAGGAGGACGAGCACCACUACUCCGACAGGAUCCGCGAGCACCCGCCGCGCGUGAAGGCCAGCACGAAGCCCUUCGGCGACUUCUACGACCUCGGCGACGAGCUCGGCCGCGGCGUGCAGGGCGUCGUCUACCACGCCGCGGAGAGGCUCACCGGCCGCAACUACGCCGCCAAGAUCAUGCACGGUCACUCCGAGCUCAAGCCGUUCAUGAAGAACGAGCUCGAAAUCAUGAACCUGCUCAACCACCGCCACCUGAUCCGCCUGCGGGACGCCUACGAGCACGACCAUACGCUCGCCCUCGUCACCGAGCUAGCCGCCGGCGGACAACUCGUGCGCGACCGUCUGCUGCCCAGCCAGGGCUAUACCGAGCGCGACAUCGCCGGCCACGUGCGCCAGCUGCUGCGCGGCCUCAAGCACAUGCACGACAACAGCGUGGCGCACCUCGGGCUCACGAUCGGCGAGCUCCUCCUCUCACACGUUGGCAGCGACGAACUCAAGAUCUGCGACUUCGGUCUAUCUCGCCGCAUUCAGUUCGGCAAGCAUGCGUCACUCGACUACGGCAUGCCAGAGUUCGUGGCGCCUGAAGUAGCAUCAGGAGAGGGCGUGUCAUUCGCUGCUGAUAUGUGGAGUGUGGGAAUAAUUACGUACAUCCUACUGAGUGGACACUCGCCCUUCCGAGGAAUCAAUGAUCGCGAGACUCUGACGAGGAUCAGGGAAGGAAGAUGGGAAUGGCACGACGAAGAAUGGUGGUCGCGCCUGAGCCGCGAGAGCCGGGACUUCAUCAGCAAGCUGCUGGUGUACAACUGGCACGAGCGUAUGGACGUGGACACCGCGCUGCAGCACCCCUGGCUGACGCUGGCUGAUAAGGUCUACCAAGAGGAGUACCACAUUUCGACUGACAGGCUGAGGAACUACUACAACUUGUACCGGGACUGGACGGGCAACGCGGCGUGCCGCACGUGGUUCCGGCGGCGGCCGCUGUCCGGCGCCUUCGAGCACCCCUCCAAGAUGGUCUACCCGCCGGGAGAGGUCUACACGCCGGAGGGCACCCCCGAAAGAGAGCGCUCGUCCCGCGACCGCUCGGCCGGCUGGGACCUGAAGUUCAAGCAGUGGGAGCACCCCGACUGGGAGGUCUCCGCCAAGUCAGAAAGCCACUACCAGAACGGUCCGGACACGUAUCUCCUACAACUCCGUGACGUCCAAUUCCCGGUUCGUCUCCGCGAGUACAUGAAGGUGGCGUGCCACCGCUCGCCUGGAUACAGCAUCAGCGUGCACGACACAUACGACCCACGGACACCAAUCAUCCGCGAGCGGCGUCGCUUCACCGACAUCAUGGACGAGGAGAUCGAGGACGAGCAGCGCGAGCGCAUCAACAACUACGGCGCCGAGAGCUACACCAUCCGCCGCCUGCGCCACGAGCUCGGCACGCGCCUCGACUCCUACGCAGAGGCCCAGGCGCUCAUGGACGCCAAGCGCGACGGACAGACGCCCUUCUUCCGCGAGCGGCCGCAGCUGCUGCCCGUCAGAGAGGGCGAACCAGCUCAACUAUCGUGCUACGCCGUGGGCGACCCGAAGCCCAGCGUGCAGUGGUUCAAGAACGACAUGGUGCUCGCCGAAGGAACCCGCGUCACCAUCAGUGAGGAUGAAGAAGGACGCUCUUUAUUGCGUUUCUCACCUGCGAUGCACCACGACGUCGGCUUCUACAAGGCCGUCGCGCGCAACAAGUGCGGACAGACCGUAGCUCGCACGCGAGUCGUCGAAGCAACCACGCCUAACGCCCCCGAUAGUCCCCAAGCGACUGAAACAUCCGACACUGAGGUCUUACUGCGUUGGAAGCAGCCCAAAUACGAUGGGAACUCGCCGGUGCUAUGCUAUGGACUGCAGUACAAACGCGGCGACAGCGUGGAAUGGAAGGACGUCGCCAAUAACAUCGACCACGAGUUCUUUGUAGUACGCGACCUUACACCCGACACUAGCUACCAGUUCAGGCUAUCCUCAAGGAACAGGAUCGGCUGGAGCGACAAAGGCAUCCCUACAAACCUGAUCAAGACCAAAGCAUCUGGAGCGCCCAAGAUCGAGGUCACCAAAGCCAUGAAGCACUUGCAGCAGAUCACGGAAUCCGGACAAGAAGUAUCUUUAGACGAACAACGGCCACGUCUGGACUACAGUACUGAGGAGAAACCUGUAGAAUGGGACUCCUCGGAUGCCUUCACAGAACGCUACAGCUUCAUCUCCGAAUUAUGGCGCGGCAAAUUCUCCAUCGUCGUCAAAGGCGUAGACAAGACCACCGACAACGUCGUCGUAUCCAAGAUCCUGGAGAACAGACCAGAAACCGAAGUCCAGAUCAAGAGGGAGUUCGAAUGUCUACGAAGGCUCAGGCACGAGAGGAUAUCGAACUUGUUAGCCGCUUACCAGGCGCCCGGCUCGCCUGUUACCGCGCUCAUUUUGGAAAAACUACAAGGGGCUGACGUCUUGACAUACUUAUCCAGCCGUCAUGACUACACGGAACAGAUGGUAGCGACCAUCGUCACACAAAUCCUGGACGGACUUCAGUACCUGCACUGGCGAGGCUACUGUCACCUGGACUUGCAGCCGGAUAACGUUGUCAUGGCGUCUGUCAGGUCGAUCCAGGUCAAAUUGGUGGACUUCGGAUCAGCGCACAAGGUCACGAAGCUGGGAACUAGUGUACCACAAGUGGGAGAUUUAGAUUACAAAGCGCCUGAAAUCGUGAACGACGAGCCGGCGUAUCCUCAAACGGACAUCUGGUCGCUGGGCGUCCUAACAUACAUCAUGCUUUCGGGCGUGGCGCCCUUCCGCGGCUCCGACGACGCCGAGACCAAGCAGAACAUCUCCUUCGUGCGGUACCGCUUCGAGCACCUCUACAAGGAGAUCACGCAGGAGGCUACGCGGUUCCUGAUGUUCCUGUUCAAGAAGGUUCCUCUCAAGCGGCCGACGGCCGAGGAGUGCUACGAGCACCGCUGGCUGACGCAGAGCGACUUCAUGAACAAGAAGCGAGAGCGCGCCGUCUUCCUCGGGAACAGAUUGAAGGAAUUCUCCGACGAAUACCACGAGCAGAAGGCGGCCGUGGCGUCACAAGCGGACUCCGUCGCCGCCGCCUUCGGCAAGAUGGCGCCCAGGCACCUCACGCGCUCCAACAGCAUCCAGGAGGAACUCUUCACAAACUUCUCCAGCCACUGACACUCCACACACCGCCACUCAACAUAUCUUUGACCAAAAUAUUUUAAACCAAACCAUCUCUGGCUAUUUAUAUGAAUGGGGAUGAAAACGCCAUUAAUAGCUCCACUGACAUAACAACUGGGAUAUAUGCAUCCCUCGGUCGCAGUCACCAACUGAACUCAAGAGACUGUCUCAAGCAGAUUUAAGUAAACGCUUGUAGCUUAAAAAAGAAAGCAGAUUACUCAUCUUUCUCUGGCAGAUCAUAUUGGAAAACAAAAAAUUAAAGAAAGUAUUUCUCCUCUGACAGUAGAUGAUUCUUAAAAUAAUUUACUAAUUAAAAGCAAUAUGUUCUUAUGAUUUUAUAAAUAAAUCAUUCAGAACUGAAUAUAGGUGAAAUAUACGUCCAAUCAUCUGCCAAUUUUAAACUCAUUAAUUCAUUCUAUCAUUACAUUAAAUUCAUGUACAUUUUUACACAAAACGAAAUUCUAGUCAUAAUGAAAUUUUGUUACGAAACUUUUGUUAUUGUUAAGCUAUUUAUUACUAUUGUAUACAAAUUUUUACUAUUUAUACUAAUUGGAAUACUUGAUGCUCCAGUAUUAAAGAACUUAAUAAAGGGCAUUAUUUGA